UCCACCAAAGCAGCAACAACCUGCACAAAGCAAACCCAAAGCAUACUGAAAACAACUGAAUUUUUCACUUAUUUACCUAUGUCCUUUUGAGUGUUGUGAAGCUCGCGAACCUUGUGAACUCAAACUUCUUCACAAGGCUCAAAGGGCCGGACGUCGACCCAACUAAGCUUGGAAGAACAUAAAGCGUUAUUUGGCAAUGUGAUGUUAUUUAAGACUGGGAGGCAAGAGCAAAAAGCAUCAAAGCUAACACCAGCAUGGAGGUAACAGUCAUAGUUCACCUUGGCCAGAACUGAAGUUGAGUUGACUAACAGAACCACCCUACAUACUGGCAGUGCCCUUACAGCUGUUGUUUUUAAUGUUGAUGGGUGGUAUUCAAGCACCCCCUCACCACAGUGGUAGCAACUAUAGUGGGUGAGCCAGUUUAGACGCUGACAACUCGUCAAUGAGGCAGAAUGACCAUGAAGGCCGUCUUCAUCUUGUUUGUUGCUCUCAGUAGUUGUACUGCUCACAAAUCAAGCCCUUAUGAUUUCUGCAAUGGCCUUGAAUGCCCCAAUUUCAAGGUUGAGAACAAGACCAAAGAUUAUGAAGUGAGAUGCUACCCAUCGUACAAGUGGGCAUCAACUGUUGUUGAAGGCUAUGAGUUGGAAAAAGCCACUGAAAUGGGAUUCAUGCGACUGUUUGAAUAUAUCUCUGGCGAAAACGUAAAAAAAGUGAAAAUUAAUAUGACCGCGCCUGUCCUAAACCAGAUUCAACCAGCUCAGGGGCCAUUCUGCAAAAACAACUUCACCAUCAGCUUUUUCCAGCCCUUCGAGGACCAAAAGAACCCAAUCGCACCGUCCAGCAAGGACGUCUUCAUCUCGACCAUGCCCGAAAUGUGUGCCUACGUCCGCACCUAUCCUGGAUACGGCGCCAAAACGGACAAGAUUGAGAAGAACGCGGAGGCACUGGGAGAGGCUCUGCAGAAAGCCGGCCUUGGGGAGACGUACUACACGGAAAUGUUUUACUAUGCGGGAUAUGACAGUCCUUUCCACCUUUUUAAUAGGCAUAACGAUAUCUGGUUCAUCAGAAAAGGCAAGCAGUGAGGAAACAUAGGCAAAACCAUAUCCAUGUCCCGUGAAAUUUUAGUUUGUAAGUGAAUGUACUGAAUGUAUAGAUUGUAUUUGACGUGAAUAAACUGUAAACUAUAAAACAAAAA